UGCACGUGUGGACGAGGAGCGGGUAGAGGCUCGCGACGUUAGGCGGCGGCGGCGGCGGUUCGAGAGCGCCAUAAGGCGGCGGCGGCGGCGGCGACCAGGACCCGUCUCGGUCCCGGGGCGGCAGCCGCUGUGGGAAGCGCCGUUCGCGGGCGACGAAGGCCUCGGGCGGCGGCGGCGGAAGAUGAAGGGUAGCCGGAUCGAGCUUGGAGAUGUGACGCCACACAACAUCAAGCAGCUGAAGAGACUGAACCAGGUCAUCUUUCCAGUCAGCUACAACGACAAGUUUUACAAAGACGUGCUGGAGGUCGGCGAGCUGGCAAAACUCGCCUACUUCAAUGACAUAGCCGUGGGUGCCGUAUGCUGCAGGGUGGACCACUCACAGAGCCAGAAGAGGCUCUACAUCAUGACGCUGGGCUGCCUGGCCCCCUACCGCAGGCUAGGGAUCGGGACAAAGAUGUUGAAUCAUGUCUUAAACAUCUGUGAAAAGGAUGGCACUUUUGACAACAUCUACCUGCAUGUCCAGAUCAGCAACGAGUCCGCCAUCGAUUUCUACCGGAAGUUUGGCUUUGAGGUCAUCGAGACGAAGAAAAACUACUAUAAGAGGAUAGAGCCCGCGGACGCGCAUGUGCUGCAGAAGAACCUUAAGACCCCCCCGCCUCUCGGUCAGAGCACAGACGUGCAGAAGCUCGACAACUGAGCUGGGCCCGGGCGGAGGGGCCCCGGGCGGACUGCCGCCUCGCACUUGCUUGUCGCCAAAUACGAGAGACCUGUCGACGAUCCGGUUUUCCUCUCUCCGUCCCCUCCGCCUCGGAAACGCUUGGUUCUCCCACCCUCGUCUCUCUCCUCCUCUCCCCUCUGGCCUCCCCUGCACAGGUUUUCACGUUCCUUCCGAGGACCUGGGAGACCGAUCGUAUUGAGUGGCUUUUUCUCGUUGUUCUUUUGUGUCUCGGUGAGGGAGGAAGGACGGAGGGGUUGUGCAGUUGCGCAGGGGGUGGCGGGUGGUCCUGAAAGAUGUGGGUGGUAAGUAGAAUGGCAGGUUUCCUUUGGAGUGGUAUUUUUUUUCUUUAAUCUCCUUUCACAUUGAAGGGCAGAGUGUAGAAAAUCUUCAUGUAUUUCAAAACAAGAAAAAGCAAUACUUUGUCCUCUGUGAGCCCCGGACCGGUUUUUGCGUCUGUGGCGUUCUGGAUUUUGUGUUGUUUUUGGGGGUUUUUUUGGUGACUUUUUUUUUUUCCCCAGUUACGAUCUGUGGGAUGCAGUCAUCUCAGCAGCCAUGGCCGUGCACUCUGCCUCCCAUUCCUCCCGAGCCCGCUCUCGGGACUGGGAGCGUUGGGAACCCUAGAGUGAAUUUCAGCCUAAUCUUUGGUAGCUGGCCUCUCUCCUCGCUACUGCCCCUGCCUCUCACUCCCCCCAGGGUGGGGUGGGGGGUUCGGGUUUAGGAAUGGCAGCCCGGUCUGUGUCCUGUACUCUUCUGGUCUCUGAAUGUUUGAGUUCGACUUCUCCGCUUUUGACUGGUGAGUGGCAGUUUUGCUCUCCCUGCUACAGGUUGUUUCUGGAGGUCAGGGGGGUGGGUGCGGUGCUCACUCCCAUCCCACCCAUUGCGGCCUUUGCCCAGAAACAGGUUUGAUAUGCUCCUGGUUCGUGUUUUUUUUUUUCUCUUUUCUCCCUCCCUCCCUUCCUCUCCCCCCCCCCCCAACCCCCCUGUUUUUGUUUUUGUUUGUUUUGCUGCAAAUCCCUUGUCUGCUCCUGGAAUAAAGUUAACCCUAAAACUAGUUAGUCAAGCUGUCCAGCAGCGAUUCCCCGGCCGGGGCGAUUCUGUGAAAUCAAUCUGAGAUACUUCUCUGCCGUCGAGCAGCCGUUCAUCCUUUUGUUAAGAAAUCCCUGCCCAGUAGGAAGCGGUUGGACUGGCGCAUAUGGAGCAGGCUGCAGGGAUGUGCUUUGCUUUGGCCGCGGGCUCCUCGGAGCAGGCUGAGCUCCGAUGGGUGACCAGAGAAGAAAGCUACAGGCUCCGAGGAAGGGAUGUGUUGGCUGGCUCACAGCGUGCCGCUCCCUGUGUAGGGAGGGGACGAGAGAGAGAGAGUCAGAGAGAUCCACAGACAGUGAUGAUAUGCGUAGUAGCCUCCUGGUGGUUCCCUUCUCAGUGGUAAUUUUCAGUCUGGGAACUGGAAAACGGAGCACUCACAUUGGACUGUGUGGGGCCGCUUUAAGCCCUCCCAGCCAUGGAAGACUACGCUUGGCAUCCUCCAUUUCCUUUCUCUCGAAGAGGCCUGUGGGGAGGUGACUGCUGGUUUUGCGGAUCCCGAGGCUGGAUGCUCCCUGAGGGCUUUCUGUCCUAGAAGGAAGAGGCUGCGGGCCAUCCGGGGCUGGGUGGAGGGCUGCUUUGGGAGCCACAGGUGUGAAGAACGAAUGGCUAGACUGGGCCUCUCUCCUACUCCCGGCCCCCCGGCCCCAGUCCCCUCUCAGGUAGGUGGGUGAUACCUGGGUGGUGUUGGUGAUUCCUGAGACUUGGCCCAAAGACUAGCAAGUUCAGAGACAGGGCUAGAAGAAGCUAUUCAGGAUUCCUUUAAAGGCUUCCAGAAGCUGACACUUUCAUUGGUGAUUUUUCCGUCCACUUUCCCCCCGCUUCUGGGGGAUUUCGGGGUGAACGUGGCUUCUCUGAGCUCCCCCAUCCACCUAUUUUCUGUAGCUACCUGUGGUGGGGUCUGGUCAGGCCACGAGGCCCCCUCUCUCAGCUGGCCCAUUCUGGUCAGAGCGUGCCCAAGGUGGGGAUCAGAGAGCCGCCUCUGGCUCCAGAAGAUGAAAGUGUGAGUGCUCCCGGCCUGGUGAGUGCUGGAGAAAGGCCAUGGCUGUGGAAUUAGAACCCGGUCUACCCUUGGGCAGAGUAGGCGGAAGCCAGGGGUUUGGUGGGCUGUAAGGUUGGCAGCCUGAAACAGUUUUGGGGUGGGGUCCUGUAUCCGGGGUGUUGAACAGUAGUAACCCUUUGGCUUGAGACCCUCCUACUCCUCCCCCUAACUCUUGUGCCCGAGAGCAGCCCCCGCCACAUCAUCCCCACUGGGGCAGGAGGUUUCAUGGGGCAGUCGUUGCCCCUUCAGUCUUGGGCGUGAGAGCAUACGAGGAAAAUCUAUGCAACUAAUACUUGGACCCCGGGUGUAGGCUGUGUAUGUGAAGGAUCCGCCCAGACCAAGGAACCGGGGAGGAGGGACCCAGAGCUCCCUCGUUUUUGGAGAGGGAAGAACUUUUUAAAAAAUGCUUCAGAAGCUGGGUUUAACUUGCUGUUGAUUUUUUGCUGCCAUUGCUGUUCUGUGUGAAAUAAACGUGUGCUGUUUUGUUCCGGGA